UCACAACAAACACGGACCGUGUUUUCGACGGACAACAACAAGACGGGGAAGCUAACUGCUAGCCGUGUAGCGCAUACCCGACACAACUUUGUGAAAUACUGCUUAUACAGUAGCUGUCAUUCGGACCUUUGUGGUUAAAGGGUCUCAGUAGGCGGAUAAAUGUCUGAUGCAUCAGAACUUCCUAAAAGUAAAGAAGAGGAGGAGGUUACACCUGAACCAGAGGAACCAUCCGACGACAGCAGCGAGGAAGAGGCAGCAGGAGACACAGAAAUGGAUUUCCUGCGUAACCUGUUCUCCAGCACUCUGGGCCUCGGCUCUGCGGACAAAGUUCUGGACGAGCUGACUCUGGAUGGAGUGGCGCGGUACAUAAAGAGCGGCAAAUGUAAAAACAUCAUCUGCAUGGUUGGAGCAGGGAUAUCCACAUCGGCUGGAAUCCCUGAUUUCCGGUCACCAGGGACGGGCCUGUAUGCAAACCUGCAGAAAUAUAACCUACCGUACCCAGAGGCCAUCUUCCAGAUAGAUUACUUUAAGAAACAUCCGGAGCCGUUCUUCGCCCUGGCCAAGGAGCUUUACCCCGGACAGUUCAAGCCGACGAUCUGCCACUACUUCAUGAAGAUGCUGAAGGACAAGGGGCUCCUGAAACGCUGCUACACACAGAAUAUUGACACCUUGGAGCGAGUCGCCGGGCUCGAAGGAGACGACCUGAUCGAAGCUCAUGGAACGUUUUACACAUCCCACUGUGUCAGCUUCUGCUGCCGCAAGGAGUACAACCUGGACUGGAUGAAAGAAAAAAUCUUCUCUGAUGACAUUCCCAGAUGUGACAAGUGCAGCAGUUUGGUCAAGCCAGAUAUAGUCUUCUUUGGAGAGAACCUGCCCGUCCGGUUCUUCACUUCAAUGAAGAUGGACUUCCCUCGCUGUGAUCUUCUCAUCGUCAUGGGGACGUCUCUGCAGGUGCAGCCGUUUGCAGGUCUAGUCGGCAGGGUCUCGAAAAGUUGCCCCAGACUGCUCAUCAACAUGGAGAAGGCAGGGCAGGCUGAUCCUCUGUUCGGGUUGCUUGGUUUUGGAGGAGGGAUGGACUUUGACUCAGACAAGGCGUACAGAGACGUAGCUCACAUCAGCACAUGUGAUGAUGGCUGUUUGGCUCUAGCCGACCUGCUGGGAUGGAAGGUGGAGCUGGAGGAGCUGGUGAAGCAGGAGCACGCCCAGAUCGACAGUCAGGACAAGAAGGAGAAGGCCGGCGGGAAGAGCGAAGCUGCCAAGUCGAGCUCAGCGUCAGUGGCACCAGAACCCAAAAAGGAAGAGUAACUGAUUAAGGAGCUCUCUCUUUUUUAAAUUAAGAACUACUGUAGUGCUGUCACAGUGUGGAGUUCGCCCAUGAAGGCAGAUCAUGAUUCCAGGGUUUCUGUUUGAAAGUGAAGCUUUGACGAGCGUCUGUCACACUCAAGUUUUAAUCUGCGGACAUUUUAUUCCUCUGAACAAAUUCCCAUGACAUCCCUGUGUUUGAAGGCCGAUUUAUACCUCUGUGUUGAAUCAUCACUGUAGCACUGUAGUACACGACAUCUCCAACGACGUAGAAACUCAACUCAAGCCCCUUCUUACGCAGAAAUUGCGCUUUAGUGGAGUAAAGAUGAUGCUGGACCAGGAACUAACUUAGCAUGUCAGCAUGUUAGCAUGUUAGCAUGUUAGCUCUUCCUGUUCCCUCGUCCCAGAGUCAGUGUGUUUCUGGUUAAAUGUCUGAAAUAAGGUCUGUGGUUUUAACACAAGCUCAAGACAUUUUCAGGUUUUAUUCUCCGACAUAAAAUGGGUCAGUAAAUCCCCCACUCCUGAUGUUUGAAGCUUUUACGUGUCUUAAAAAAGGCGGUUGCUAACGAGUGUCUAAAUGAGACUACAGAGGUUGUCGGGGACGUUAACAUGAAAACCCAUCUACUCACCAGUCCACCUUUACAGCCUCGUUGUGUUUCUACUCACGCUCUUUCAAACUCUCACUAACUUUCUAAGAAGAAAGGCUUUUGUAGAAGAGCUUACUUUAUUUCUGGAGAUUGGAUUGAGGCUUCAAACAUCAGAUUAGCUUGUUGAACAAAAGGUUUAAGUAUCAUAAACCUUUGAUGGUCACAGUUUAUUUUCUGUAAAAAUCCAAAAACCUGUUAAAAAAUCUCAUCGGCCUUUUGUGGAGGGAACCAGACUGAUGCUAACUUCAGGGUUGGACUACAAAAAUUUGUCGUCCCUGCACCGAUCUGUUCCACCUUUUAUUAAACAGAACAGCAAGGUGGAAAAAUCGUGCAAUACUUCCACCUAAAAACCGCACCACCCCCUAGUGUUUUGUCGGUGUAAUUGCAGACACAACGUUGAUCCAACACAGACGUAUAAACCAAGCUUUACACUUUUGUUCAUAUCAGUUGUUUGCACUUUAAUUGCAUUAAUAUAUCCUGCAGUAGCUCAGUUCUGUCUCAGGUGUAUAUUUCCUCCUGAGGCAGUCGACUUUAUGCAUUUUACUGCAACAGACAGCGGCGUUGUUGCUGUUCGUCUUUAUUUUACAUCUCAUACAGGCAGUGUGAUCCUGACCUGAUGACACUACACUGCGCACAAGCUCGAAAUAAUGUUUCCAAACUAAUCAUUGAACACUUCAGCUCUUCACUGAUUCCUGUUUAUGCUUCCUCAAAAGAUAAUCCGGCUGUUGUCAGGUUUAUCUGUCAUCUUUUUCCCCUCGAACCAAAAGUGAUUUUAUUUAUCCCCAAAACAAAAGAACGUCCUGAAAGGUGAGCUGAGGCAGUUACAACUAAAUAUAACAAGAUAACUGGUUAUGUGAAUGUCUUUAUUAACUGAGGAUGUUUUUCAUGUUAACUUUCAGCUCCUGUUUCUGUAAUUUCUUUUAACAUAACGCUCUCUCUUAAUAUUACAAAACUGCAAACAUGAUGCACAGAAUAUAACUUUGCUCGCUCCAUUUCCAGGACUUCAGUUGGUCCUUCGCUGAUUUUGCUUUUUAAAUCUUUGGGGACGUGAAUUUAUAAAAUAGGGUGUAAUUUAACAUAAGAAGAUCGUUCCAUGGGGAACUAUUUGGGUCGUAGCUGUAAGAGCAUGAAUUGUUGCAUUAUGAAAUUAAAAAAAAAAACAUACAGAGGGUGGAAACAAUAAGAAGAACAUCUGUAUAAUAUUAUGGAAACAAUACAAACACCCUGCAAUAAAGUUUAACUUUGUAAAGCUGA